AUGUCCACCAAAGGUCAAGCAAGUCAUCGCUUCCCUGCAUUCUACGCUUGUUAUCUUCUGAAGGGCGCCAAAAGUGCGGUCACCUCCGAUGUUACAUGUACAACCUACGUAGGAAGUACCGUUAAUCCUCUUCGACGCAUACGUCAACACAAUGGAGAGAUUACAUGCGGUGCCGCUCGAACUCGUCGUGGUCGACCUUGGGUGAUGCAAAUGCUCGUGCACGGUUUUCCGUCACGGAUAGCUGCUCUUCAAUUUGAAUGGGCGUGGCAACAUCCUUGGCGCUCAAGACAUCUUCGUGGCGAGCAUGGGCAGCGGAUUUUUCCAAAAAAGAAGCAGCUCUCAGCCGACCAGAAAAUAAUAAUAGUUCGAGAAAUGCUUGGUUUUCAUCCUUACAACACAUGGCCCUUGCAUGUCAAGCUAUUCACUGAGGAUGCCAUUACCGCAUGGCUCAAUGCUUGGGAUGAAGCUCACACCUUUGAGCUCCCUGCAGGUUUUACCUGCUCCAUAGAAGUAAAGGGAGUGGACAGAAAGCCUAGGGUUCGCGGAUCUAGCGAUGCAGGUUCGCUUGACAUCUCUGAUGCUCAAUUUACCUCCAGUCACUUGCGCAAGAUGUCCGAUACAUAUGCGUCUAACAAAACGCCCAAGUGCUCUAUUUGCGAUGGCGUUAUUGACAUCAGUCAUGCGUCCGUUCAGGAUCCCUUGGCUGUGGCUCUAUGCCCAACUGAGACGUGUACCGGAAUUUCUCAUCUCACCUGCCUCGCGGACGAUUUUCUCCAUAGCGAGGAAGCAUCUAGUUCCCAAUUCAUUCCUCGCGGGGGUCAAUGUAGACCCUGCCGAACAUACAUCCUGUGGGGGGAUGUGAUUCGUGGUUGUCAUCGGCGAAAAGGCGAAGUCGCUCCUAUUCCCGACUCCGAUCUCAGUGGAAAUGAGGACGACUUGAUGGCCGAGAUGUCCGCUAACUCCGCCGACGCAGCCCCCUUGCCGGCGGCACCAGGGAGAAAAGGGAAGGCAACCAAGACGACUAUUCGAAGAUCUCAGGCACCGCGCGAAACGGCUCGAGUGGAUCCGUCGGCAGGGGAACACUCCAACGAUGACUGCGUGAGUAGCAGCACUGGAGAAAGCAGUAAGAAAUCAGCUGGUUGCUCGGUUAGCAACCCCCGCAAGCAAGCUGUAUCUUCCAAGAAAAGAACUACCGCUGGCAAGACCAAAGCGAAGGAUCGUGGCAGACUGACUGAGGAUCGCGCGAGUGAUGCUUCAAUCGAUGCCGUAAAGGUUUUCAAUCGUAAGCUUGAGCACAAGUAG